AUGGGUUUUCUACUGGCUUUUAUAUUAGCGACCUGUCUAAGCGCAGUUUGGGGUUGCCAACUUCCUCAUGACUGGAGACCUCAGACUGAAGCGUGUCGAGCGGAACUGGCGGAGAUUAUUGUUUUUGCAAAAGUUCUUGCAAUUCACAAGGACUCCUACAGUGUAUACAACUACUUACCAUGGCAGUACGACACAGAUCUUUUCUUCUCCGCUGAAAUCGAGCUCUUGUGCGACCAGGCAUGGGGCAGCAUGUUAGAGGUGCCCGCCGGUUCCAGAUUCAAUGUCACCGGACUUGGUUACUUCCCGUGCUACUCUUACAGCGUCAUCGAGAACAAUUCCUACUAUUUCUUUUUGAGGAUGGAUGAGAACUACAGCAUAAUACCCCACGGGGUCAACUUCCAGGAUCCGAUCUUCCCCGACACCCCCGAGAACCACCGCAUGUUUGCCAGCCUCUUCCAGUUCUCUAACUGUACGGCCGGAACCCAGGUCCACAUGUACACCCCCGAGUGGGAGGCCCAGGAGGACAGCCGGCUGCUGUGCUCCACGGUACAGAAGGCACUGUUUGAGGAAGAGGAGAAGGUGAAGACUCUGUCACAGAAGGUGAAAACCCUGGAGAAAGCCAAUAACCACCUGCGGGACAAGGUGAAGAACAUGAAGCGUCUGCUGCGUCAGGCCAAACGGGAGACCAAGGAGCAAACGCUCCUGCUCAAACAGAUUCACGAGUCUGAGGUCUUACAUCCACAGCAGGAUACCGAUCAAGACCAAAAGACCACGCUCAGAAAGAUUCUGCCCAAAAAACUGAAGAACUGA